GCGCGCCGGCGUCUGCGGAGCUGCGAUUCGGGAUCACCGUCGCGGAGGUCCCACCGCCCCAGGCGGAGCUCAUCGCCCCCGAGCGCGCGAGCCCAGGCUGCGGCGCGCAGCUGGACGCCAGCGACUCUGUCGACCCCGCGGGCAACGACCUGGCGUUCGCGUG